UUAGUUUCAUUGCCACAAAACCAAACACACACAAUUAUUUGUUUAGGGUUAGGGCUUCCUUCCUAGCUAGCUAGCUAGCUACUUCAUUCUCUAUACUUGAUCCAACAACAUGAAUCAAAGUAGACCAACAAAUCAUUGAGGACAUUCGUCUGAGUUAGGAGCUUCAUGAUCUUGGGAGGCAGAUUUGUUACUGCACCACCCUCAUCUCUUAUUACCUUGCUUCAUCUCUGAUUAACCAUUGAUCAGAAUCAGAUAGAGAGAAGAUGAAUACAUUUUGUCAUGUUCCACCGGGUUUUAGGUUCCAUCCAACGGAUGAAGAACUCGUUGAUUACUACCUUAGAAAAAAAGUUAAUUCAUGUAGGAUUGACCUUGAUGUCAUCAAAGAUGUUGACCUCUACAAAAUCGAACCCUGGGAUCUUCAAGAGCUAUGCAGACUAGGAACAGAAGAGCAAAAUGAGUGGUACUUCUUUAGCCAUAAAGAUAAAAAAUAUCCAACAGGAACUCGCACAAAUAGAGCAACUGCAGCAGGGUUUUGGAAAGCAACAGGGAGGGACAAAGCUAUAUAUUCCAAGCAUGACUUGAUUGGGAUGAGAAAGACUCUCGUCUUCUACAAAGGUCGAGCCCCUAAUGGCCUCAAAUCUGAUUGGAUUAUGCACGAAUAUCGUCUUGAAACCGAUCAAACUUCGGCUGCUACUCCUCACGAAGAAGGAUGGGUUGUGUGUAGAGUGUUCAAGAAGAGAGUGACUUCCAUUAUGCGUAAGAUGAGUGAUCAUGAUUCCCCUUCCUGCACUUGGUAUGAUGACUCCUCUUUCAUGCACCAACAACCAGAUCACUUUGACAACUCUUGUUCUUCUUCAUCAAAGCACCAACUAAUCCCUAAUAAUAACUGUGAUGUCUUCUACCAACAACAAAAUAACAACUUGCCUCUUCAUCAUCUUCCACUUCUUCAUCAAACUGCUGCUCUUUCCAAUCAUAAUAAUAAUCCAAUCAUGGCACCACCAUUUGCUGCUAUUAAUAAUAAUGAAACUACUGCUUUUCAAGAACAAGGGAAAAGCUUAAUUCAUCAUCAGGCACUACUCUAUGGAAAUUUAAAUGAAGAGCAAGCUUCUUCUUCAGCUGCUGCUGCUGAUUGGAGACUUGUUGACAAGUUUGUUUCAUCACAGCUUAGAGAAGAUCAUCAUGUCUCCAAACAAGAAUUGAUGAUGCCAGAAAAUAAUAAUAAUAAUAAUAAUGAUAAUGGUGCCUCAACAUCAAACUCAAGCUGUCCAAUAAUGGACGUGUGGAAAUAGUGCCUCUUCAAGUCUCUGCUUCUGCUCCAAUUCGUUUUGGAUAUAUGGGUACAUACAUUAUAUACAAAAUAAUAUAAUUAACAGGGUUAUUAUUAUUGAUUAACCAAGACGGAUCCAAGUGUUGGUUGUUCAAAUUCCUGUACAUAAUAAACGAAAUGACUGUAACUUUACAUUAUAGUAGGUGCAUGGAGCCAUCCACCAUCACUAGCAUGGAUUAAUUAAGUUAAAAGUUUAUUCAAAUAGUCAGUCAUAUAUAGUUGAAGCAUGCAGGAUUUACACAUUUCUUUUAGGGUUUAAAGUUGUAUUAUUAAUUAUU